AAAGCUGAGAGAGUGCAAGGGAGUGUGAGUGUGUGUGUGAGGAACAUGCUCUGUCAUGCUGCUGUUGACUACCGCUGCCUCUCCAACCAGCGUCGUUGGCUGUCAGGAAAAGAAAUGUUUUCCGGAGGAAUGACUCCCUGAACCGGUUCACCAUGUGGAUGUGGGACAGCAAUUUCCAAACCUUCGCUGGAAGAAUCCCACGGAAAAAAAGAGCAGCGGCCGGAGAGCGUAACUGGUCCUGCUGUGUGGCCGCCUGCGUGCUCACGCUACUGAGACUUUGUCACUGAGAUACAUGAUUCACACUUUUAACUCUGCUCCAGUUCAUGUUUUUAACAGUACAAUUCUUGGGAUUUCUUUUUUCCCCGCUGGAACUCAAUGGAUUUUACGGUGCUAUAUAGCUCAAUUUUGCCUUGUAGGAUGUAAGCCGGUGCUUUUUGGAAUAAUGCCCUGAGGACAAAGCAGUAAAGGUGGAAGUUCAGAAGGGGAUCAUUACUGGAAUUUUAGUCUGAAUGGGCACAGCACAGCAGUGGACUGCAGUAUGGGACGGUGCAUGUUGUGCUGGGGCCUGUGGACAUUGUGGGGCAGUGUCUGUAGAAGAUAGUUAGGUAGACAGACAGACAGAUAAAAAGAUAGAGGGGUUCAAAGGGAGAAAGGUUAACAGGUAGGGGAACAUUCCUCACACAGCCAAGCUAUGAAGCCUGGACAGUGUCCAGCUGUGUCCAGUGAGAAGACAAUGAUGCACCUCAACCAAAUCCCUUUCAGGAGGCACUCCUGGAUAUGUUUUGAUGUGGACAAUGGCACAUCAUCGGGUCGCAGCCCUUUGGACCCAAUGGCCAGCCCGGGGUCAGGCCUCAUCCUGCAGGCCAACUUCGUCCACAGCCAGAGGAGAGAGUCGUUCCUCUAUCGCUCUGACAGUGACUAUGACCUCUCACCCAAGUCCAUGUCCCGAAACUCCUCCAUUGCCAGUGACAUUCAUGGUGACGAUAUGAUUGUAACGCCAUUUGCACAGGUUCUUGCCAGUUUGAGAACUGUACGGAACAAUUUUGGUGCAUUAACCAAUCUACAAGACAGAACAUCCAAUAAGAGAUCACCCAUGUGUAACCCACCACCCAUCACCAAGACCUCCUUCACAGAGGAGGCCUACCAGAAGCUGGCCACUGAGACCCUGGAGGAGCUGGACUGGUGCCUGGACCAGCUUGAAACGCUGCAGACCAGACACUCGGUCAGCGAAAUGGCCUCCAACAAGUUCAAGAGGAUGUUGAACAGGGAGCUUACUCACCUAUCAGAGAUGAGCCGAUCUGGGAACCAGGUGUCUGAGUUCAUCUCCAGCACCUUCCUGGACAAGCAGCAUGAAGUGGAGAUGCCGUCCCCUCAGACCCAGAAGGAGAAGGAGAAGAAGAACAAGCCCAUGUCUCAGAUCAGCGGGGUGAAGAAGCUGCAGCACUCCUCCAGCCUCACAAACUCCAACAUCCCUCGCUUCGGAGUCAAGACUGAGACAGAGGAUGAACUCGCUAAGGAGCUGGAGGAUGUGAAUAAAUGGGGCCUUAACGUUUUCAAAAUAACAGAGUUCUCUGGGAACCGGCCACUGACAGUCAUGAUGUACACAAUAUUUCAGGAGAGAGACUUGUUAAAAACUUUCAAAAUUCCACUUGACACCUUUAUAACAUACCUGAUGACCUUAGAAGACCAUUAUCAUGGCGAUGUGGCCUACCAUAACAACAUCCAUGCUGCUGACGUCACCCAGUCAACUCACGUGCUGCUAUCCACCCCCGCCCUCGAGGCUGUGUUCACAGACCUUGAGAUCCUAGCUGCCAUUUUUGCCAGUGCAAUUCACGACGUGGACCAUCCUGGAGUCUCCAACCAGUUUCUCAUCAACACCAAUUCGGAGCUGGCGCUCAUGUACAAUGACUCGUCAGUGUUGGAGAACCACCAUCUGGCAGUGGGUUUCAAACUCCUACAGGAGGAGAACUGUGACAUCUUCCAAAACCUGACCAAAAAACAACGACAAUCACUGCGAAAGAUGGUCAUUGACAUUGUGUUAGCAACAGACAUGUCCAAGCACAUGAAUCUACUGGCCGAUCUGAAAACCAUGGUGGAAACCAAGAAGGUGACCAGCUCUGGUGUCCUGCUGCUGGACAACUACUCUGACAGAAUACAGGUUCUGCAGAACAUGGUGCACUGUGCCGACCUGAGCAACCCCACAAAGCCUCUGCAGCUGUACCGGCAGUGGACGGACCGCAUUAUGGAGGAGUUCUUCAGCCAGGGGGACAGGGAGAGAGAGAGAGGCAUGGAGAUCAGCCCCAUGUGUGACAAACACAACGCCUCAGUGGAGAAGAGCCAGGUGGGUUUCAUCGACUACAUCGUCCACCCUCUGUGGGAGACCUGGGCCGACCUGGUGCACCCCGACGCCCAGGACAUCCUGGACACACUGGAGGACAACAGGGAGUGGUACCAAAGCACCAUCCCCCAAAGCCCCUCUCCCGCGCUGGACGAGGCAGACGACAGCAGCCGUCCCCCUGGAGGGGACAAGUUCCAGUUUGAGCUCACGCUGGAGGAGGACGGGGAGUCGGACACGGAGAAGGACAGCGGCAGCCAGCCCGAGGAGGAGGAGGAAGAGGAGGAGGAGGAGGAGAACAGCUGUAGUGACUCUAAAACACUCUGUACACAGGACUCUGAAUCGACAGAGAUUCCUUUGGACGAACAGGUGGGGGAGGAGGAGGAGGAGGAGGGGGUCGGGGAGGGGGAGACGCCCUGCUCGCAACCGUGCGUCGUGGAGGAAGAGGUAGCGGAGGAGGAGGAGGAGGAGGAGGAGGAGGAGGAGAAAGAGAAAUCUCCUGACACAUAGCAGUGUACGGACAGCACCUGAUUAACUGUUCUUCUUAGUAAUGACAGAUGAUUAUUUAUAGAAUAUUUUUUGGGUUUUGUGGAGUCUGUCUGUGUUUUUUAUACAUCUGUGUUUAUGGUUCCAAAGCGUGCGCUGCUCUCCACCUUGGCCAUUCCUCCCUUCUCAUCUUCAAUUGGUCAGCUUUGUUCAGACACGCCCACUGGUACUUCUACAAGUUUUUUUGCACUCAGGAAAACUCCUUUCCAUUCCCGUUCGUACUCAAGUGGUGUGUGUUGAUUUCACUUUUACACCUCCCCCUUUUUUUAGCCAGCUUACGUUACUGUAGGACUUGGAUGAGCAGUUCAGAUUCUACUCAGUGCUGUUCAUGCUACAUAUAUAAUCAUACUUUCCUUCCCCUCCGCUUCGUCUCAACCUUGCCGGAAGUUUAGCAGUGUUUCCGCGUUUUAUCAAGUGCCCAUUCUACAGAAGUGGUUAACGUUGUGUUCAAGGAGAAUCGGUAUCCUGGUUAUGUCAUUUCCUCCCCCCAGUGAAUUAGGAGACGUGCGAUGCCGCCGUUCCAGUGAAAACCUGACGGGACGGCGCAGAGACGAAAGCUGCUGCAGCACACCGGGGAGCGAUGCAUGGUGGGAAUUUAUGAGACACAUUCGAAAUGUGGAAGUCUUCCUUGAAAACCUGACUGAAACAAGGCUCAAAUCUUACAGCCAUGAUGCUGUCCUAGACCUCUUUAAUUUUUUGUAUUGUACUGUAUGUAAGAUGGAGAUAUUUUCUAGAUUUUACUUUUGCUAUCUCUAGGCUUUGUUUUGUUAUGAAAGAGACGAGAGAAGCAACUCAUGACAGCCUUUUGGAAAUCAUGAAACCAUUGGAGGGAAGUGUGUGACAGAUUUUCAGUGUCUCGAGGUGUAUCUUCACAGCUGGAUGGCAGUAGGAGCGUACUGAGGUGUUUGCACUUUCUCCAAUAGCAUUUAUACGAUUAUUCCCAUGCCACUAUACUCAUACUUGGUUAGUCCUAUGAAUUGAAUUAAUUCAUAACUGUUAUUUCAGUGAGAAUUUUCACUGACGAGAAAGCUGAAACCUGUCGUCCUUAUGCUUUACUUUGAGUGAAAUCCUUUCUUACCGAUGUGGAUGAGGCUUUUAAGUUUUUUUAUUAUUAUUAUUAUUAUUAUUAUUGUUGCCUGCAGUUCCUUUGAACACAUCCUGAGACAAUGCAAUGCUUUGUAGUUGAUAUAAAAACAGCACCUUUUGUUAGAAGUUUGGGUGGCGCUCUGAGUGUACAGAGAUAGAAACGGUGUUAAUAUCAUGUUUAUACCAAUCUUAUGAAAGCUUUUACUGUCAUUUUGUUUUUGUUUUUGUUUUUUUUUCUAGCAGGUGCCCUUAUUGUGCGUGACAUACACAUAACAAACCGCAUACCUUCUCUUCAUGAUGUUCGGUCGUAUCCAUAUCUGUCAAGCCACAGUUUCAGUUCAUGUGCUAUAUGAGUUGAUUUUUUGUUUGUUUGUUUGUUUGUUUGUUUGUUUGUGCAUUUGUUUUUCACUUAAUGUUUGUUUUUGGCCAUCCUGACAUCCAACACUAAGCCCAGUCACUGUCUUUGUUUCUGAGAAGACAAUCAGCUCCAUUGAGUAGUCGUCUGAGAAAGACUAUCCUAUACGUAGAUACUCUAAAUGCACUGAUAUAUCCACAUAUUACCACUUUGAUAUUUCUUUUUUUUUUUUUUUUUACAUUUAACCCGCCAAAAUACACACAACAAUGCUGUCUUACACUUCAGCCAAGAGUCUCUUCCUUUUUCCACACCUCUGUCAUUUUUCCUGUUGUUACAACCGAUGCUAUUAUUUAUUGUUAUAUUUUUCUAUUUGUUGUGUCUUUUUUGCGAUAUAAAGGUGGUACAGUCAAUAUUUCACUGUAGCAUAGACCGCAGUACAGGCUUGCCGGUUACAAUACCCAAAUAUGCUUUUUUCCUCUAUGUACAUAAAAUAUAAAAAAUCGACAAAUGUAAAAAGGAAAAAAAAAAAAACUUGAAAUACUGAACAUGGCUUUUUUUUUUUUUUUAAGAGUGCUUGUUUUACCGAUGUGUAAUUUCAGAGGUUUUAUUUGAUCUUUUGAGUUCUUAUUUAAUCUUUAAUUUUGUGCCAAGAUUUUGUUUUCUCUUUUCUCAUCCUCACCCAAUGCCCUUACCUGUACUACAGUUUUCUGGUUUUAUCGCUGUUUACAAACAUAUAUUUAUUGUGCUGUAUAUAUUAUUAUUAUUAUUAUUAUUAUUAUUAUUAUUACCAUAAUGCCAUUUGUUGUAAAUGAUUGAUUCUUAUCAUCCCUUUUGGUGAUGGUGUGGCUGUAUUAUGUACCUCUUGUUGAGAGAAUGUUUAUUACACAUGCUUCUUCAGUGUAAAAUGAUCCAUCGAUACGUUGCUUACCUGAGAACUAGCUCAGAGAAGAGAGGGGGAAAGCCAAAUUGUUUUUUAAAAAGAAACUGUUCCUUGGCCCAUGGGCUGUGCCUUAAAAAUUAAGCGCAUGUCAUUUGUUUUAGUCUUUUUUUUCCUUUAUUUUCUAGUUCUCCUCUUUUGCUGCAUUAGAAAAUCUCUUGGCUCGGGUUGUCCUGAUCUACUGCUGGCGAAGGAACUGCUAGGAAUUUGAAAAAAUGUUGCCUUUUCACUUUCACAGCCAAACCUGGUUUCUUUUGGGGGGAGCUAUGGAAAUGUGGCACUUGCUGUCGAGCAUGCUGUCAGUGCAGAGGUGAUGUGCGUGUAGAUUCAGGUCAACUCCAAGUCAAAGACUGACUACUUGAGUGUCGUGUGGCCUACAGCUGGAUGUCUGAGAGUUGUAUUCACUGUAGACCUGGUCUGAACAGCUCACACCCUCUUUAGGCCUUGCCACCACGCUCAGAAAUAUGAAACAACACGUCAGGUGUAAACGAUAUGGCAAUAGCUUUCUUGUAUCUGGUCAGGAGACGAGGUGGAGCGACUGUAACGUUGUCCACGCCUGUCUCGAUUGUAUCAGAUCUACAAACACUGAAGGGGUGUAAUAGGAGUAUGAAGUUGCUUCUUGACCACGGCCUACGAAGCACCGAGGCUUAGAGACACGCCCGCAUGUCCAGCCACUGCUGCAUUAAUUCUGGCUGAAAUAUGACGGUGUGUUGCUUAUCUAUGCUUGGCCCACACUUCCACUCAUAUUACUUGCAAUAUCCAAAACCACUGACAUCUUUCUGCCUGGACAGGAGAGGGUUAGUAUUUAUAUAGAAAAGGGGAGUAGGGAUGGGGGGGGUUGGGUGUGGGGUGUGUGCAUCAUUGUCCCGCGAUAGGGACUCUUAUUUUGACACACAUACUGUAGAUUCUUAACAGCCCUGGACCAAUGGAAACAGUGGGUUCUUUUCUCAUUAUGUGUUCUAUUUUUUUAUGGUAUGAAAGGAAUACACAAACUGUAACUUCAAAAAAAAAAAAAAAAAAAAAAAAAAGGUCUUCAGGACAAUUAUUUUUUUGGGUUAUGUCUUUAGAAUGCCAACUUGUCUGGAAGUUUCACAGGACAAUUAAAAGGUUAUUUUAAUUGAUUCUUGUUAAUUGCAGUCUAUUGGAUAGCACUGUAGAUCAUACAACUUUAUGUAAAAAACAAAAAAAAGAAUGAAAAAAAUGUUUUUAUAUGCAAUGGAUUAAAUAAAAGCAUGGGUUGAUUCUGCCUA